AUGAGGCAAUUCACUGCUCGAGUUGUAGGGUGUACAGACACAGAUGAUGAAAAGCUGUACUACUUGGAGCAGUUUACAAAGGGCGAGGCUAAUAAAGGUACUGGCUUUAGUUACUUGGACUCCAAGACGGCAUAUUCAGCAGCAAUGAAGGAACUGGAAGAUCGCUAUGGAGAUCAAGAUGUCAUCGCAAAUGCCUUCAUGAAGAAAGCUCUGGCUUGGCCCCCAAUCAGGAGCGAUAAUCCUAAAUCUUUGGAUGUAUUUUCCAUUUUCUUAUGUGAGUGUGAGAGUGCCAUAAAAUGCAUCAACGCGCUAGGAGUUAUGGAGUACUCAGAAAACAUAAAGAAUAUUGUGAGAAAGCUCCCAUACUAUUUGCAUGACAGGUGGAGGUCCUUGGUAAGCAAACUCAAAGAUGAAGGCAAGACUGUUAAGUUUCAUGAUCUUACCCAAUUUGUCAAGAAAGAGGCCAAAAAGGCAAACGACCCCACGUAUGGGAAAGCAGCAUUAUCUGUGAAUUCAACCGACACAGGAAAAAGAGGCUCAUUUCAUAACCAAAGGGCCAAGGGAAUCUAUGCUACAAAACUUGGCGACAACAAGGAAACCAAAGCACAGUCUAACAAUACAUCUGUAACACCCAAUCCAGUUCGGACAUGCUACAUUUGUAAGAAGGGAGAACAUAGGGUAGACAAAUGUGGUGUGUUUUUGGCCAAGACCAUUCAAGACCGCAUCAACCUCGUAAAGGAAGCAGGAAUGUGUUUUGGUUGCCUGAGGCACGGACAUAGAUCAAAGGAAUGCAGAAAUAGAGGUACCUGUCAAAAGAGCCAUAAAAGACAUCCGACAGUUUUACACCGUGAUAAAGUGCCUGCUUGUAGAGUUGAGGUAGAAAGGCCAGAGAGUUCGAAGGAUAUGGUACUCGAUAUCACAGGAUCAAACCCAUCGUGCCAUACAGGGGCCGGUAAUACAAUUUGUACCAUGGCCAUUGUACCAGUCCUAGCAAGGUCCAAACGCAGUGGCUUGUCCAUUGAAACAUACGCCUUCAUGGACCCUGGCAGCAGCGUUUCAUUUUGUACUGAUGAGUUAAGAAAAAAACUCGGCCUUGGAGGCAGGAAAGCAAGGAUUACCCUGGACACUAUGGGUACAUCCCAUACACUUGACACACGCAUAGUGACGGGCAUCGAGCUUAGAAACCUGGAAGCCACACACACACUCGAGUUGCCGAAUGUAUACUCCAAAGGCUCUAUGCCUGUUUCACAUGUUCAUAUUCCUCGGAAAAAAGAUAUCGAAGAAUGGCCACACAUGGAAAGAGUACAGUUGCCCGACAUCGAUGCAGAAAUAGGGCUCUUAAUAGGUAAUGCUGUUGCUGAAGCGUAUACCCCACUGGAAAUUGUCACUGGACCUCCUGGAAGUCCAUAUGCUUCCAGAACUGCUUUGGGGUGGAUACCAUGGAAUGUUGUUAGAAAGGGCAACAGCAACGAGUACAAGACUGACAGUUAUCCAUCCAACCGUGCGGAAGUAACAGCAAUUGAGGAGCUGGAAGAAAUCAAGAAACUGAAUCACGCAGUGACAAAGGCAAUGCAAAUUGAUUUCCCGGAGAAUGGCAAAAAUGAAAAGUUGGAAAUGUCACAAGAUGACCGCACAUUUCUCAAGUUAUCUAAUGACAAUAUGAAGUUCAAAGAUGGUAAAUUUGAAAUACCACUUCCAUUCCGAAACCGAAAUCAUCUGAUGCCUAAUAACUAUUCAUUGGCCGUCAAGAGACUUUCAUCACUGCGAAUGAAGAUGCAAAGAAACGCAGACUUUAUGAAAGAUUAUACAACCUGUAUGGAAAAUAUGAUCGAAAAGGGGUAUGCCUGA